AUGAUAUUUGACUUGAAUGUGCCAUGGCCGGUAAAUAACUACACCUCUAAGCCGAGCAGUCAGCAAAUAAUAACCCUUAAAAAUACUAUUGUGACUUUGUAUGUUUUGGGUUACACUCAUAUUGCAAUUAAUUUUUGUCUAAGCGAAAGUGUUAAGGUACCAGCGAAGGACCCAUCUCAGAUAAAUCCAAUUCAAAUAGCACAGUUGGAAAAAGAUUUGAAGGAAUAUGAAUAUUUGAAAUUGUUUACAAGAAUAACAAUGACAAUAAGUGACCCAUCACAAUGUCAGGGACUCUCCAAAUUACAAAAUUACUUUGAUAUAAUAAGUAUUCAACCUUUGACUGAAAAGGCAUUGCAAAUAGCAUCAUCUAACCUAGAUAUCGAUUUGAUAUCGUUCAAUUUAAGCAGUCGAUUACCUUUCUUUUUAAAGCAUAAAACAGUGGGCAGUGCAUUAGAAAAAGGAAUAAAAUUUGAAAUUUGCUAUUCUAAUUUGAUAUCUGGGCCUGCUGGCUACACAGUUCAAGGACCUAACGAGAAUAUGACCUUGAGUACUACUGCAGCAUUGGCAAGGAAAAAUUUCUUUAAUAAUGUGUUACAGUUAAUAAGGGCAUCAAGGUCACGAGGGUUGGUAGUUAGUAGUGGUGCAACGGGGCCACUACAAACAAGAAACCCUGACGAUAUUUUAAACUUAUUGAAAACUUUGGGUUUAGAUCACAGUAGAGCAAAGUUUUGUUUAACGGGAAACGCUGAACGAGUACUUAUAUCAGGUAGAUUGAGAAUAAAAUCAUACAAGCAAACAAUACAGAUCGAUGAUACCAAUGUUAAGGGAGAUGUAUUAAUAAAUAAUGAUAGAGAAGACAAAUUAAAAAAAUCAGACACCUUGGCUUAUAAAAAAAAGUUAUCUGAUACAUCUAGUGGUCGUUUGCUUAAGAAGCAAAGAACUAGAUAA